AUGAGAAAGAGUGGAAGACUCACUAAAUAUGUGGAGAGAUUGGAGGAAGAUCGUGUCAGGAGAUCUGUGUCUCGGAGUGAGAGGUCAGGCUCUUCUAGUAAGGCCUUGAGUGAAUCAGUUACUAUUUCUCCACCUCCUUCCCAAGUAGAAGUUGUUUUAACACCUUCUCCCCAGCUUUCUCCUGUGCCCGCUGCUGUUUCUGAGGAUGCGAAGGAUUCACAUUAUGUUGAAGUGUUUGCUGCCCUGGCAUCGAUGGGCGAUCAGAUUCAGCGUCUUACAGACAAAAAAACUUCAACCAAAGUUCCAAGUUGGAAUCUGGAUGUGGUUCUUCGUUUCCUAAGGUCCUCGAGGUUUGAGCCACCCCAGUUAGCCUCCUUCAAAGAUCUUACGAGGAAGGCUCUGUUUCUCAUGGCUUUGGCAUCUGCUAAAAGGGUUAGUGAGCUUCAUGCCCUAGAAGGAAGGCUUCUUCCUAAAGAUUUUACAUGGAGUCCAAAUACUGAAACAUGUUUUUCUUACUCAUUAAUGGGUUGUAUGAUUACUAGUGACCCAAUAAAGAGUUUGAGCAAUCCAGAGUUUUUAGCAGAAAGGGUGGCUGGAAACAUUCGAGCAACACCUUCUAAUUUGUCUGCAUAUUUUAAGAAAAAUUCAGUGUUCCCUAUCCACCUUCUUGUCGGAGACUUGUGUUUGGCCUCUGCUUCAAUUAGCUUAAUGAAAUUUCAAGAUUUUGAUAGCAGAGUAUUAUCACAGGUUCCUCUAACAUUAGAGGGAUUGCACCAAAUGAUAUCUGUCGCACCAGAACCAAGGGAAUUCAUUCCAGGAAAAGAACCAGUGAUUGGUGUCGUUUUCCAACUUAGUGGACAGUCUCAGAGAAACCUACACUACAUUCCCUCUGUUUAUUCAGACUCUGAUGGUUCUAGUGAGUCUGAAAUUGAUAUGUAUGAAUACCCUGUAUAUCCUCGGAGGAGUCACAGAUCUGGGAAAUCAAAGUACCACAGCAGGCUUGAUUCACCACUAGUAUCAUCUGAAUCUUCAGAAGAGGAUAUAUUACCUGCUGGCAAGAGACGAAGGGGGGGAACUUCACGAAAACUCCAUCACAAGAAACCUACGUUAAGUGAAGUUGCUGCACUCCAAGAAUUAACCAGUGAAGGAAAUAAAUUAAGGAGACACCUUGUGAAAGCUGCUCUGGAAGUAGAAUCAUGGAAGGUUGAUCAGCAGGCAUUGUUCUUGAAACAGUGGUCAUUGAGAGAAGCUGAAUUUCAGCGACAUCUAUCUGACGAAUGGAAAGCAAGAAUAAGCUACAUGGAAUCAAGUUUGCAUAGCCGCCUGGCUCAGAGUGAUACUUUGAAUAGAAAAUUAACUGCAGCACUUUCAGAACUAAGCCUUAGAGAAAAGAAGUUAUCUGCUAAGGAAGAAAGGUUAGGUUUUGCAGCACUCCAAGUUUCACCUAUCAAUAGUCCUCCAACUUCAGUACCAAUUACUCCGGUCCAGGUAUCCCAUGUUUCUGAUCCCAAAACCAUUUCCAUGUUAGAGUCCAAAAUGGACAAGAAAUUUGAGCUCUCGGCAAAAUCCGUUAUGGAUUUAGGGAUGUCUUUUCGUGCCUUGGUAGAGAAGUAA